AGUUGGUGUUCGAUCGUUGGCGCGCGCGAGAGCUCAGUCUCAGUCGCUCAGUGCUCAGUGUGCCAUUUGCGGUUGAUGCGCACGGGGGGAUAUCUUUUUCGUUGUCGCCGGUCGAAUCUAAUUCGUAGUUUAUACGUAUUGUUAGGAACGGUGUGUCGCGUUUAGAAGUCAAAGAAAUAGAAGAUUUUUAAAACUCAAUUCAAUAUGUUCCACGUAAAGAGAUUAUCGGGCUCUUUGAAGCAAGUACCGGCUACGGAUAUUCAGGGUGUUUUACUGUCGCGCGCAUUGCCAUCGGUGACAACGACGAAUUUACAAACGAAUCGUGGCUACGCCGAUCAUCAAAUACCUGACAGGCUCAAGGAUAUACCAGUCGCAGAAAAUCCUAAAUUUUUCAAUAUGGUUGAAUAUUUUUUCCACCGUGCCUGUCAGGUUGUCGAGGACAAACUCGUUGAAGACGUGGGCUAUCGCUCAAGAAUGACCCUCGAAGAACGUAAAAAAAAGGUCAAGGGUAUUCUCAUGCUGAUGGAACCCUGUGAUCAUAUCCUCGAAACUUGCUUUCCGCUUCGACGUGAUUCCGGCGACUACGAGAUGAUAACCGGCUAUCGGGCUCAACAUUCGACUCAUCGUACACCCUGCAAGGGAGGUAUACGUUUUUCCAUGGACGUUUGCCGCGAUGAAGUUAAGGCCUUGUCAGCUCUGAUGACCUUCAAGUGCGCCUGCGUUGACGUACCGUUCGGCGGAGCCAAAGCCGGCAUCAAGAUCAAUCCGAAAAUGUAUUCGGAACACGAACUCGAGAAAAUAACACGUAGAUUUACUCUCGAGCUCGCCAAGAAAGGCUUCAUCGGACCCGGUGUCGAUGUGCCUGCACCCGACAUGGGAACUGGUGAACGCGAGAUGUCCUGGAUCGCCGAUACUUACGCGAAGACAAUUGGACAUUUAGAUAUAAACGCGCACGCUUGCGUUACCGGAAAGCCGAUAAACCAGGGAGGCAUUCAUGGCCGAAUAUCCGCAACAGGUCGUGGCGUUUUCCACGGUCUAGAAAAUUUCAUAAACGAAGCCAACUACAUGAGUAUGAUUGGCACGACACCGGGCUGGGGCGGAAAAACUUUCAUAGUUCAAGGCUUCGGUAAUGUUGGUCUUCACUCGAUGCGAUAUCUUCACCGGGCGGGUGCAGUUUGCGUUGGUGUAAUUGAACACGACGGUUCAAUCGUCAAUCCCGAAGGUAUCGAUCCCAAACUGCUGGAAGAUUAUCGCAUCGAGAACGGCACGAUCGUAGGCUUCCCGGGCGCUCAACCGUACACUGGGGAGAACCUUAUGUACGAGCCUUGUGACAUUUUCAUCCCUGCUGCUAUUGAGAAAGUCAUAAACAAGGAAAACGCUGGACGUAUUCAGGCUAAGAUCAUCGCCGAAGCUGCCAAUGGCCCAACAACCCCAGCUGCUGACAAGAUACUCAUAGAGAGAAAUAUUCUUGUUAUACCGGAUCUGUACAUAAACGCCGGUGGUGUGACCGUUUCCUUCUUCGAGUGGUUGAAAAAUCUGAAUCACGUGUCAUACGGUCGGCUCACUUUCAAGUACGAGAGAGAAUCGAACUAUCAUCUGUUGGAGUCUGUCCAGGAGUCUCUCGAGCGUCGAUUCGGACGCGUAGGUGGCCGAAUCCCGGUAACGGCGUCUGAAGCUUUCCAAAAACGUAUUUCCGGCGCUUCGGAGAAGGACAUUGUACAUUCUGGUCUUGAUUACACCAUGGAAAGAUCAGCAAGGGCCAUAAUGAAAACUGCUAUGAAGUUCAAUCUUGGAUUGGAUCUGAGGACUGCUGCAUAUGCCAACUCAAUUGAAAAAAUAUUUACUACUUAUUCCGAAGCUGGUUUAGCGUUUACACUCGAUACGAUGCCAAAGUUUCAAUCGAUCAUUCAAUCUUUUGGCAAUUUAUUCAUCAAAGUUCGAUGUAAAAAAAGAAUGAUGGAUACGAGUGUCCGAAGUGUUCAUGAAAUGCCUAAUCAUUUGAAGGAUAUUGAGAACACGGAUGAUCCAAAUUUUUUUCAAAUGGUCGAGUAUCAUUAUCAUCGCGCAGUUGCAACAUCCGAAGAAACUUUUGUCAAGCAUAUGGAAAAAUAUCGUAAUAUGACGGAAGAAUCGAGAUUGCGAAGGGUCAAAGGCAUCAUCGCGGUUAUGUCAGUUUGUCAAAAUACCAUGGAAGUUACCUUCCCCAUAAGACGCGACAACGGUGAUUACGAAAUGAUCCAUGGAUUUCUGGCGCAUCACAACACUCACAGAACCCCGUGUAAAGGAGGCGUACGUUUUGGCCCAGAGGUAACGAGGGACGAAGUACGAGCUCUGGCAUCAUUGAUGACCUUCAAAUGUGCCUGCUGCAACGUACCAUUCGGUGGUGGAAAAGGUGGCGUCGCAAUAGAUCCGCGGAAAUACUCGUCUCACGAGUUGCAAAAAAUCACGAGACGUUUUACCCUCGAGAUGGCGAAAAAAAAUAUGAUUGGACCGGCAGUGCACGUACCAGCACCGGACGUCAACACCGGUGCCAGAGAAAUGUCGUGGAUGGCGGAUACUUAUGCCAAAACUUUGGGGAUGAGUGAUAUAAACGCUCAUGCAGUGGUAACAGGAAAGCCAAUAAAUCAAGGCGGUGUUCAAGGUAGAACGGAAGCGACCGGACGUGGAAUUUAUCAUGCUGUGGACAACUUUUUGUCCGAUGAAAAAUGGAUGUCGCGAAUUGGAUUAUCGACAGGAUUCAGAGACAAGAGUUUUAUUGUUCAGGGCUUCGGGAACGUGGGUCGUUUUGCGUGUCUGUACUUCACGAAAGCCGGUGCGAGAUGCAUUGGUAUAAUCGAACGCGAUGCCUCGAUCUAUAACGAGAAAGGCAUUGAUCCUGAGGCUCUCGUGAACCACAUCAACGAGAGGGGAAGCCUCAAAGGCUUUGGAGGCGCCGAAGAAUACAAAGGACCCAAUCUCAUGUAUGAGAAAUGUGACAUUUUCGUGCCAGCCGCAGCGGAAAAAACAGUGAAAAAAACCAACGCCGAAAAUAUCCAGGCAAAGAUAGUAGCAGAAGGAGCGAAUGGACCUUGCACUCCUGGAGCAGAUGCAGUUUUUCUGAAGAGAAACAUCCUUGUGAUACCCGAUUUAUAUAUGAGCGGUGGUGGAGUAACGGUCUCUUAUUUCGAAUGGGUAAAGAACAUAAGUCACGUUUCUUACGGGAGGCUCCAUUUCAAAUACGAGAAAGAAUCGAAUUAUCAUUUAUUGAAUUCGGUCGAGGAAUCUCUCAGACAGCAAUUCGAUGACGUGAGAAUAAGACCAACGGAAGCCUUCGAAAAACGAAUUUGCGACGCAGCAGAACGUGACAUCGUUAACUGCAGUCUUGAUCAUUCCAUGGAAAAAGCAGCUUCCUGUAUCAUGUCGACCGCAGAAAAAUAUGAUCUUUGUCUGGACGUUCGGAAGGCUGCGUAUUGUUACGCCAUCGAAAAAAUAUUCAAGACUUACGAGGAAGCUGGCUUAGCGUUUUGAGAGAUCGGCGAAUGUACAAAUAAAAUUUUGUGCUCCAAA